AUGGUUAUAGCAGUAAUAGGAUUUUGCUGGUUUAACUACUUCAAACGUCGUUAUAUAUUUCGUGAUUCAUCACUUUCACAUCAGGAAACCGGUACUAUCACCUUUCGCGACAUACCCAAAUUUCAAAAUAAUCUCCAAAACAAUCUUCAAAAUAAUUCCAAAACAGUUAUUCUAAUUUUUCAUCACACUGCAAGAUUAACAUCAAAUACUAAAAUACCGUCUCAACGUGUUGAUUCUCCAUCUCUAACUGAAGGCGGAAGUAGUGGAUUUUCUACUGAUGGACUUCCACCACCCAGUGCACGGAUUAUUCCAUUAGAAUUACAAAUGCAAAUUGGAAAAGAAAUUAUGACCCAAAGAGAAGAUUCUCGAAUUUCACUAUUACUAUACCUUGGUUCAAAAUAUAAAUUAUCUGAUCUGCCAUCAACUACUUUAGAUAAUAGACCUUGUAGUUUAUAG